CUGGAACCGGGUGGUGGAGCUGGUGGAGACCAAGAAGGGCCAACUGAGCUCGGUGCUGAAGAUCCAGAACUUCCUCCUGGAGUGCGGCGAGAUGAAGGCGCAGGUGCGGGAGAAGCGGAAGGCCAUCGAGGCCACCCAGUCGGGUGGCGGCGGCGACCUGGGCGGGGUCCUGGCCCUGCAGCGCCGCCUCUCCACCAUGGAGGCCGCCCUGGUGGUCCUGGAGCCGCGGUUGGUGGAGCUGCAGCGCGAGGGCGAGGCCUUGGCCGCCGCCCACCCCGCCCGGGCCCUGGAGAUCCUGCUGCCCUUCGAGGAGAUCAGCGACGAGUGGGAGAACCUCAAGAGGGCCCUCCAGGGUUGCGAGGACACCCUGACGGUGGCCGGGCGGCUCCAGCAGUUCAUCCAGGACCUGGACGACUUUUUGAGCUGGUUGGUGAAGACCCAGGCGGCCGUGGGCUCCGAGGAGGUGCCCGACAGCUUGGCCGAGGCCGAGAGGCUCCUCAACGUCCACGUGGCCCUCAAGGAGGAGAUCAACGGCUACGAGGAGGACUACGCCAAGAUCCAGGCGGCCAGCGAGCUGCUGGCGCUGGAGGAGAUGGAGGUGCCCUCGCUGUCCCUCCAGCAGUGGCUGCAGAAGUUGGACGCGGGCUGGGGGAAGCUCCUGCAGAGCUGGGAGAUGAGGAGGGAGCUCCUGGUGCAGUCGCACGUCUUCCACCUCUUCCUGAGGGACGUCCAGCAGUGCCAGAACACCCUCUACAACCAGGAGACCACCCUGGCCCACGCCGAGCUGCCCGACACGGUGGAGGGGGUCACCAAGGCCCUCAAGAAGCACAAGGACUUCACCACCACCCUGGAGCUCAACCUGCAGAAGGUGCAGCUGGUCCUCCAGGCCGGCGAGAGCCUCCAGCGCCAGCGCAACAUCCACAGCGACCGCGUGGCCGAGGCCGUGCAGGGGCUGCGCGCCAA